AUGGUUACUAUCGGUAUUAACGGUUUCGGCAGAAUCGGUCGUCUCGUCUUGAGAAUCGCCUUGACCAGACCUGACAUCAAGGUCGUGGCUAUCAACGAUCCAUUCAUUGCUCCAGACUACGCUGCUUACAUGUUCAAGUACGACUCCACCCACGGUCCUUACAAGGGUGAGGUUACUGGUGAGGGCGACUCCUUGGUCAUUGACGGCAAGAAGAUCACUGUUUACCAGGAGAGAGACCCUGCUAACAUUCCAUGGGGUAAGGACGGUGUUGACUUGGUUGUUGACUCCACCGGUGUUUUCACCAAGCUCGACGGUGCCCAGAAGCACAUUGACGCUGGUGCCAAGAAGGUGGUGAUCACUGCCCCAUCUGCUGAUGCUCCAAUGUUCGUCGUUGGUGUCAACGAGGACAAGUACGAUGGCCAGACUAUUGUCUCCAACGCUUCCUGUACCACCAACUGUUUGGCUCCAUUGGCCAAGGUUGUCAACGACACCUUCGGUAUUGACGAGGGUUUGAUGACCACCGUCCACUCCAUCACUGCCACCCAGAAGACCGUUGACGGUCCAUCCCACAAGGACUGGAGAGGAGGCCGUACUGCUUCUGGUAACAUCAUCCCAUCUUCCACUGGUGCUGCCAAGGCCGUUGGUAAGGUUAUCCCAGAAUUGAACGGUAAGUUGACCGGUAUGGCCUUCAGAGUGCCAACCGUCGAUGUUUCCGUUGUCGACUUGACUGUCAAGUUGAAGACUGAGACCACCUACGAGGAGAUCUGUGCUGCCAUCAAGAAGGCUUCUGAGGGUAAGUUGAAGGGUGUCUUGGGCUACACUGAGGACGCUGUUGUCUCUUCCGACUUCUUGACUUCCAACUACUCGUCUAUCUUCGACGCCAAGGCUGGUAUCUUGUUGUCUCCAAAGUUCGUCAAGUUGGUUGCUUGGUACGAUAACGAGUACGGUUACUCCACCAGAGUUGUUGACUUGGUUGAGUACGUUUCCAAAUAA